CCCUGAGCACGCACGCCCUCCAUGCUGAAGUGCUUUCUGGGCGUGGGGCCUGUGCCCCAGCCUCAGGUCUCCCUCAGCGGGACGGGGUCCCUGCCCAGCUUGGGACUUUUCGAGUGAGCCCCUGGAGUCUUUCCGGUGAGAAAGCUGGGCGCAGAGAGAUGGUGAGGACCCAUAGCUACUUGAGUGGCAGACCUGGGAUGACGAACCCACGCUCCGUGCCACCAAAGCCUGUGCCUUUAACCCCUCGGCCAGCAGUGUCUUCAGUGGGCGCCAAGGAUAUCGUUUAUGAAAACAUCAUCCUGCCACGCAGGCAGGACCAAGCUCUAGGCUGCUUUGGCCACAGUUUGUGUUCAGAGAGUGUUCUGUUGAGUGAGAGCGCCUCACGUCAUCCUGUGCCGGCCAGAGGACGGGUGCAUCCAGACCCGAUGACGACAUUCUCUUCUUUCCCCGCCAGUUGUGUUUGCGGCUCCUGAGCUCGAGCAGGUCCUCGGCCCCUGCUCCGCCCCCGGUGGCUGGGCUCCGGUCCCCCGGCAUGGCUGUGGCACGGGCUCGGGGCACACUCCCCUGCCCCCGCCUCCAUGCCCGCCCGCCCCAGGCCCACACCUGGGCCGCCGAGCGGGACCCCAGGCUCAGGCCCCGGGCCGUGGGCUCCUGCUGGGCUCCCUGCCUCCCCUGGGCCCUCCAGGGGCUGGGUCAGCCCUUUACAACUCUUUCUCUCCUGGAUGGCCCUGCCCCACGCCCUUCGUCCUCGACCCUUUGGCACAGAACACACCCAGCCUCAGACGGGAACUCCCUCCCACCCUGUCCCUACCUCCACGCCCCGGAAACUAGGGUGGCCUCCCCGCUGUGUCCUCCCCCGACGCCCUGCCCCUGUGCCCACUCCUUCCUGUGAAGUCUGUCCCAGCUGUGCAGAUAAGCCCUCCCCGGAGUCACCGUCCCCGUCCCCUCGCAGCUGGCUCCACCGUUCCCCUGCCCCCGUGCCCGUCUUGGCCUGGACUCUUCACGGUAAGGCCACCGAGUACCUUCUUGUCACGACCUCGCGAGCUUUUGACACAGCUCUGGACGUGACUGCUCUCCUCACCACACACGCUGUCCCUGAGCCCUGGACGCCGUCCCCAGAGCUGCCGCCCUGCCCCUCUUCCGUGCUCCAGAGCUGUGCGCCCUGCUCCCGAGAGGGCUCCACCGCUCAAAGCCCAGCACUCUGUUCCUCCCCCAGAAACCAGUCCACACUUUACAGUUCAGUGCCUUCUGGUCUGUUCACAGUGUUGUGAGACAGUCACCACUGUCUCAUUCCAGAGCGCUUCCACGGCCCCAGAUGGAAACCCUGUGCCCACUGGCAGUCGCCGCCCAUCCCCCACUCUCCCCAACCCCUGUCCCCAACACCUGCCAACCACUAAUUUACUUUCCAUGUAGAUUGCCUUCUUCUGGACACUUCAUAUAAAUAGAAUGAUACACUGUGUGGUUUUAUGUGCCAGGCUGCUUUCACUUGGCGUGAUGUUUUUACGGUUCCUCCGUGUUGUAGCGUGUACCAG